UGAAAGCAGAAGGGGGUUUUGUUAAAGAAGGGGAAAUCCAAAACGACGUCGGGUUUCCAUCUGAGUGAAUCGGAAGUUGCCGCAGGUCCGUUAGUCGUCAGACGGUUUUCAGCCUUGCGAUAUUAUAUUUUAUAUACAACUAUUAUACUCGUGCAACACAGCGCCGCGACUAUCAACCGGCGACCCCGGCUGUCUAUCAUUAAAAACGAACGGGGUGCCCUGAUUAUUAUUUAAGUAUGGAUAUCAGAUUUGCGUGCCUCGUGGUUACUAUUGCCGUCCUGAUGGCAGCCGGAGUUGUUGCCCGGAUUGGAUCCUUCACCAGGAUUACACAAAUUGCUGUUACUGCUUUAUUAAUACCAUUGUUUUAUAAAUAUCAUCGGAGACUUUACGUUAUUAUAAGGACUUUACCUCGGGAUAUUAAGUUUCUCUACCGCUACCUAAAUGCCGAUAAAGAAACAAAACGAUUUGUGAGAAAUAAUACAACUGUUAUGAAAAUAUUCCGUGAAAGAGUGAAAUUAUAUCCAAACAAACCCUGUUUUAUAUUCGAAGGACGUACUUGGACCAACGCUGACAUAAACGAGUAUAGUAAUAGAAUAGCAAACGUGUUUCAAAAAGAUGGGUACGUCAAAGGUGACGCAGUGGCAUUGAUGAUGACCAACAGACCGGAGUUUGUGGCCACCUGGUUGGGAUUGGGUAAAAUUGGUGUGAUAACAGCCUUGAUAAAUACUAAUUUACGGUUGCAAUUAUUUACCCACUGUCUAACAGUCGCCAAAGUCAAGGCCGUUAUUUACGGCGAAGAAUUAUCCGAAGCAACCGACGAAAUAAGAGACUCGAUCGAGAAUAUAAAAAAAUACAAACAAGGAGCUGGAGUCGAUGACUUCCAAGAAGGAACUGAGAACUUGGAUAAAUUGAUGGCUGAAGCCAGCACCGAUGAACCGGUCGUGGAAAACGAACCCGGUUAUCGAGAUAAUUUACUUUACAUCUACACCAGUGGGACCACUGGUUUGCCAAAAGCGGUACUCAUGCCAAAUUCUAGAUAUCUUCUCGUAACAAUGGCAACAUAUCACAUGUUAGGACUAAGGGAUGGUGAUAUUAUGUAUAAUCCUAUACCUCUAUAUCAUAUGGCUGGAGGGUUAGUGGGUACUGGCUGUGCUCUCGUCAAAGGAAUACCCAGUGUACUAAGGACCAAAUUUUCGGUCUCCCAUUAUUGGACUGAUUGUAUCAAAUACAAUUGUACCUUAGCACAAUACAUUGGAGAAAUGUGUAGAUAUUUAGUAUCUGCGCCAGCGCGUCCUGAGGACUCGAAACACUCAGUGAGAUUGAUGGUCGGCAAUGGAAUGAGAUCGCAAAUAUGGCAGCAGUUUGUCGAUCGAUUCAAAAUUCAACAAGUUACUGAAGUCUAUGGCUCUAGUGAAGGGAAUGCUAACAUUGUCAAUGUAGACAAUCAAGUUGGUGCUGUUGGUUUCGUUCCAUCAAUUUUACCAAAGUCAUUACACCCCGUCGCGAUAAUUCGUGUCAACCCCGAGACAUGUGAACCUGUUAGAGGACCUAAUGGUUUAUGUAUACGGGCGGAAAUAAAUGAACCCGGAAUGUUUAUAGGUAUAAUAAAACAAGGCAAUGCCUCGAGGGAGUUUAAUGGCUACUUAGAUGAAGAAGCAUCAAGAAGAAAAGUUAUAGAGAAUGUAUUUACUAAGGGAGACAAAGCCUUCCUUACUGGAGACAUUUUAGUUCAAGAUGAACUAGGAUACUUUUACUUCAAAGAUAGAACAGGAGAUACCUACAGGUGGAAGGGCGAAAACGUCGCUACUGCUGAGGUCGAAGGGGUCGUCAGUAACGUCGCGGGUUACAGAGACACUACUGUCUAUGGUGUUCAGGUGCCGGGUAUGGAAGGUCGUGCAGGUAUGGCAGCAAUAGUCGACCCCGAGUGUCUGCUGGACUUCAAAGCACUGGCUGAGGGCCUCGACCGCGCCCUUCCCUCCUACGCGCGGCCCAUUUUCCUCCGGAUAGUGAAUGAGCUCGAGAUGACAGGAACCUUCAAGCUCAAGAAAAUAAACCUACAAAAAGAGGGAUUCGAUCCGACUAAAAUCCAGGACAAAGUUUACUUUAGAUCCGGUAACAAAGAGUACGUCGAAGUAACUCCAGAACUAUAUCAAGAAAUUAUUUCUGGCUCCACUAAAUUAUAAUCGAUCAAUUAAUUAAUUAAUCAAUUAAUCAACACAACCAAUUAAUUGAUUGACUAAUUAAUCAUUAUUCCUUUUUUUCUCAUUUUCAAUUAAAUUAGCCAAGGUCCCGGUAAGAAGAAAGGAUUUUUUUUGUUAUUGUUGUAUCUAAGAGCUUUAUAUAAUUAAUUAAUUAAUUAAUUAAAUAAAUAAAUUAUAGGUAAUUAAGAAAUGUGGCAUCGUGAAAAUUGAACACGUGUUUAGGAAAAAUUAAAAAAUAGUUAAUUUGCCCAGAGCUUUAUAAUUAAAUAAAUUAAAUAAAUAAAAUAAAUAAAUAAAUUAGGAUUGCAAUUGAGAGAAUGAACCAAAGAUUGGAAAUUCUUCUUACCGAAUUUAUAAAAUAUAUUGAUAAUUGUUAUUGUUUUUAUUUAAAUAGGACCAAGUAAGCAUCAGAUUUUUGAUAUUACCUCAAGCUAUUUUUAAAGCUUACUAUCAAAUAAUUAUUUAUAAAAAAAUUUAUUUUGUGCAGGAGCACAGAGACUGUCCAGUGCACACUCACAUGUGUGCAGAUUGUGCAAGUCGGUGCUAUGUGCCAUUUCCGAGUAAAAAUUAAAAUUAAACUAAUAAAUAAUUGAAUACUUUAAAAGAAAAAAAAAAACAUUGUAUAUAGAGUAAUGUAUUUAAUGAAUAUUUGUUUACCGAGCUGAUUAUCUAUUAUAUAACUAAUUAUUAUUAUUAUUAAUUAAUUAAUUAUUAUUGAUAAUGUAAAAACUAGUGCGAUCUGUACAGGCAACACGAUAUUUCAGAAAAUUUUUCCAAUAAUUUUAAUUAUAAUUAUUAAUUAAAUCAAUUAAUAAUUAAUAUUAGUUAUUAAUUGUGCGGUUUCGAUGGUAAAAGUUCUCAAGAUUUUUUUUUUAAUCAGAAAAAAAAUUCAGAGCCGGUGAUUCCGGGGAUUGAUAAUUAGAUCUAUGAUCUAAAUCUAUAAAGAUCUACGUGGAUCUAAAGCUAAAUUAAAAAAGUUAAUUAUUAAGCCGUAAAAAUGAAAAAUUUUUUUGAAUCAGAUUUAAAAAAAAUCUUAAUGAACAUUUAUCAUUAAAAAUUCGUAAUUAAUAAUUGUAAGAGAUUUUAUAAAAAUUAUCGAUCACUAGUAAAAUAAAAUUAUGAUUAAAAAGAAAUUAAAAAAUAUAAGGCAAGAUACUUAGCAAUUGUACUUCAACUGCUCAAAAAAAUUUUUAAUAUCAACCCUGAUUCGGAAAUUUCCGAUUUAAUUCGAUGAGAAUUUUUUAAUCGAAUUCGAUCGAAGUUUUUAAUCAGGGAAUAUAAUCAUAAAUAUAAAAUAUACGUAAAUCACUAAACAUCACAACAUAAUUAAUAAAUUAUUAAGUUUAAUGUUUAAUUUAAAAUACUAGGACCGCUUUGUCAUAAUAAUUGAAACCGAAUGAAAAUGAUUGGGAAAAUUUUUUGGAAAAAGUUAUUUACAAAACUAAAACACAAGGGAUUAAUGCAAUUAAAUGUCGUGUCACGUGCCUUGUCAUUAAAAAACAGUUUGAUAAAAAAUAUCGAUGACAAUUAAUUAAUGCACGUAAUUAAUAUCCGAUCUCGUCCCUUAAUUUUAAUAAUAAAGCACGAUAAUUAAUAAUUAAAAAAAAAAA